CUUCAUUCGCUCAGCUUUGCCCUGAGGUGUCCGUGGUCAGAGCAGAGAGGGGGUCACUGCUCCAAGAUGUGCUCCAGACAAAGCGGGUGCGGCUGCGGCUGCGGCUGCUGCUGCUGCUGCCGGGGGAGUUACCAGUCCCAGGGCUCCUCCGGCGGGGGAGGAGGCGGAUCCUGCUGCGGUGGAGGAUCCUCCGGUGGAUCAGCCCAGAAGAUCAUUAUCAGCUCUGGUGGCGGAGGAGGAGGAGGCUCCUCUGGAUGCUGCGGAGGGGGAUCCAGUGGCGGUUCUUCAGGAGGGAAGAUGAUGGGAGGUGGAGGCGGUGGAGGUUCCUCCAGAUGCUGCGGUGGAGGAUCCAGUGGUGGAUCUUCAAAGAGCAUGAUGGGAGGUGGAGGUAGUGGAGGAUCCUCUGGAUGCUGCGGUGGAGGAUCCGGUGGUGGAUCUUCAAAGAGCAUGAUGGGAGGUGGAGGUGGUGGAGGAUCCUCUGGGUGCUGCGGUGGAGGAUCCGGUGGUGGCAGUGGGGGAUCAGCCCAGAAGAUCAUCAUCAGCUCUGGCGGUGGAGGAGGAGGAGGCUCCUCCGGAUGCUGCGGAGGAGGAUCUGGUGGUGGCUCUUCAGGAGGGCAGAUCAUCAUGGGAGGGGGAGGCGGUGGUGGAUCCUCUGGGUGCUGCGGUGGAGGAUCCGGUGGUGGCUCCUCAGGCCAGACCAUCAUCAUCAGCUCUGGAGGUGGCGGCGGAGGCUCCUCCCAGUCCAGCCAGCAUAAAUGUCCCAUUGUCAUCCCCAGCGUGGUGUCCCACCAGACCAAGCAGAGCUCCCACUGGCCCUGCCAGCAGAAGUAACAGCCCUGGGCAGCUCCGGUUCCCAUCGGGAACAGCCGAGUCUUUGCACUCCAAGCUUGCUCCCAGCACAUCCCCGUCCUUUGUGUUCCCUCGGUGCUGCAUCCCUGUGCUGUGAACUCCCAGGUGGCUCCUCUGUGCCAUAAAUGUGACGGGAAAUAAAGAUUUCUGUGCACGGACACAA